CGCGCGCCGUCGCGCCGGCCGGGUGUCCCUGUGCAGCCGCCGCCACCGCCGCCGAUGGGGGAGGUGGAGCCGGCGCCCGCGGGCCCGCUCGAGCCCCCGGAGCCGCCCGAAGCGCUCGCGAGCCGCCGGCCGGGCGGAAUCCGGGUCCUGAAGAGAAAUAUGAAACGCAAUGGGAGCAGAAAUUGUUUGAAUAGGAGAAGCAGAUUUGGUUCCCGAGAAAGAGACUGGCUGAGAGAAGAUGUGAAGAGAGGCUGUGUUUACCUUUAUGGAGCCGACACGACCACUGCCACUGCAACCACCACCUCCUCUGCCUCGUCCUCCUCUGACUUACAUCUUGUCCUUUGCACAGUAGAGACCCCAGCAUCAGAAAUAUGUGCUGGAGAGGGAAGAGAAAGUCUUUAUCUACAGCUUCAUGGAGACCUGGUCAGGAGACUGGAGCCCGCUGAACGACCUCUUCAGAUGGUUUAUGAUUACUUGUCCAGGCUGGGAUUUGACGAUCCUGUGCGCAUACAGGAGGAGGCGACGAAUCCUGACCUCGGCUGUAUGCUGCGCUUCUAUGGUGAAAAACCAUGCCAGAUGGAUCAUCUGGAUCGAAUCCUUCUGUCUGGCAUCUAUAAUGUACGCAAGGGAAAGACCCAGCUGCAUAAGUGGGCUGAACGUCUCGUUGUUCUCUGUGGCACCUGCCUCAUCGUUUCCUCAGUAAAGGAUUGUCAAACUGGAAAGAUGCACAUUCUGCCUCUGGUUGGGGGAAAGGUAGAAGAAGUGAAGCGACGGCAGUACUCGCUUGCGUUCAGUUCAGCUGGAGCCCAAGCUCAGACCUAUCAUGUCAGCUUUGAGACCUUAGCUGAGUACCAGAGGUGGCAGCGGCAAGCGUCCAAGGUGGUGUCCCAGCGAAUCAGUACUGUUGAUCUCUCAUGUUACAGCCUUGAGGAGGUUCCUGAGCAUCUCUUCUACAGUCAAGAUAUCACCUACCUCAACUUGCGACACAACUUCAUGCAAUUAGAAAGACCAGGGGGCCUUGACACUCUCUACAAAUUUUCUCAGCUGAAGGGCCUGAACUUGUCCCACAAUAAACUUGGAUUUUUUCCUGUAUUGUUAUGUGAGAUUUCUACCCUGACUGAGCUCAACCUUUCCUGUAAUGGAUUUCAUGACCUGCCGAGUCAGAUUGGCAAUCUACUAAAUCUUCAAACCCUCUGUCUUGAUGGCAACUUUCUGACUACUUUACCUGAAGAAUUGGGAAAUCUGCAACAGCUUUCCUCUCUGGGAAUUUCCUUCAACAACUUUAGUCAAGUUCCUGAGAUUUAUGAGAAACUCACUAUGUUGGAUAAAAUGGUUAUGGCAGGAAAUCAACUGGAAGUCCUAAACUUAGGGGUGCUGAACAGAAUGAGCCAUAUCAAAUAUGUUGAUUUAAGGAUGAACCAUUUGAAAACCAUGGUUAUUGAAAAUCUGGAGGGAAAUAAAUACAUCACCCACAUGGAUUUGCGGGACAAUCAACUGACUGACUUAGAUCUUAGCUCCUUGUGUAGCUUGGAGCAGCUGCAUUGUGAGCGGAACCAGCUGAGGGAGCUGACACUCAGUGGCUUCUCCCUUCGAACUCUAUACGCCAAUUCUAACAAGCUGACAGCAGUGAAUGUCUAUCCAGUACCCAGUCUGCUGAGUUCUCUAGAACUCUCCCGAAACCUGCUAGAGUGUGUCCCUGACUGGGCCUGUGAAGCAAAAAAGAUAGAAAUAUUAGAUAUGAGCUAUAAUCUUCUGACAGAGGUUCCUAUGAGAAUUCUUAGUAGCUUGAGUCUUAGAAAACUGAUGGUGGGACACAAUCGUGUGCAAAACCUUCCGGUACUGGUGGAGCACAUCCCCCUUGAGGUGCUGGAUGUUCAGCAUAACUCACUCACCAGGCUGCCAGAUACCCUCUUCUCCAAGGCCUUAAAUCUCAGAUACCUGAAUGCAUCUGCAAACAGUCUGGAGUCUUUGCCAUCUGCCUGUGCUGGAGAGGAGAGUCUGAGUGCACUGCAGCUGCUCUAUCUGACCAACAACCUCCUGACAGAUCAGUGUGUGCCCAUCCUGGUCGGGCACCCACACCUGCGAAUCUUGCAUCUUGCCAACAACCAGCUACAGACUUUUCCUGCAAGCAAACUAAAUAAAUUGGAGGAGUUGGAGGAACUCAACCUAAGUGGCAACAAGCUUAAAACCAUUCCCACAACCAUAGCAAACUGUAAAAGGCUGCACACCCUUGUCGCACACUCCAACAACAUCAGCAUUUUCCCAGAAAUACUGCAGUUGCCUCAGAUCCAGUUUGUAGACCUAAGCUGCAAUGACUUGACAGAAAUCCUGAUUCCUGAGGCUUUGCCUGCUACUUUACAAGACCUUGACCUGACAGGAAAUACAAAUCUGGUUCUGGAACACAAGACGUUGGACACAUUUAGCCAUAUCACAACCCUAAAAAUUGAUCAGAAACCUUUGCCAACCACUGAUUCUACAAUUACGUCUACCUUCUGGAGCCAUGGACUGGCUGAGAUGGCAGGGCAGAGAAAUAAGCUGUGUGUAUCUGCCCUAGCUGUGGAUAACUUUGCAGAGGGGGUGGGAGCUGUGUAUGGCAUGUUCGAUGGGGACCGAAAUGAGGAGCUCCCUCGCCUGCUCCAGUGUACCAUGGCAGACGUGCUUUUGGAAGAGGUACAGCAGUCAACAAAUGACACAGUCUUCAUGGCUAACACCUUCUUGGUAUCUCACAGGAAAUUAGGAAUGGCUGGCCAGAAGCUAGGCUCCUCUGCUCUCCUUUGUUACAUCCGCCCUGACACUGCCGACCCAACAAGUAGUUUUAGCUUGACAGUGGCCAACGUUGGCACAUGCCAAGCAGUCCUGUGCCGAAGCGGGAAACCAGUGCCCCUCUCUAAAGUCUUCAGCCUGGAACAGGACUCAGAAGAGGCUCAGAGGGUGAAGGACCAAAAAGCCAUCAUAACAGAGGACAACAAAGUGAAUGGGGUAACCUGCUGCACCCGGAUGCUGGGCUGCACAUACCUCUACCCUUGGAUCCUCCCCAAGCCCCACAUAUCUUCCACUCCACUUACCAUUCAAGAUGAAUUGCUGAUUCUGGGAAACAAAGCAUUGUGGGAACAUUUGUCAUAUACAGAAGCUGUCAACGCAGUACGCCAUGUACAAGACCCAUUAGCAGCUGCCAAAAAACUGUGCACAUUAGCCCAGAGCUAUGGUUGUCAGGACAAUGUGGGGGCGAUGGUGGUUUAUUUGAACAUUGGUGAGGAAGGCUGCACUUGUGAAAUGAAUGGGCUCACCCUCCCAGGUCCUGGGGGAUUUGCUUCAACCACCAUCAUCAAGGACCCUCCCAAGCCAACCACUCCUUCCUCCAGUAGUGGUAUUGCCUCUGAGUUCAGCAGUGAGAUGUCAACUUCAGAGGUGAGCAGUGAGGUGGGAUCCACUGCUUCUGACGAACAUAACACUGUUGGCCUGGAUGCUGGCUUGCUUCCAAGACCAGAGAGGCGCUGCAGCCUUCAUCCAACACCCACCUCUGGGGUUUUUCAGCGCCAGCCUUCUUGUGCAACUUUCUCAAGUAACCAGUCUGACAAUGGCCUAGAUAGUGAUGAUGACCAGCCCGUCGAAGGGGUCAUAACAAAUGGCAGCAAGGUAGAAGUAGAAGUAGAUAUCCACUGCUGUAGGGGAAGGGAUCUUGAGAACUCUCCCACUCUUAGAGAGAAUUCUCCUACCCCAUGUCCUGAGGAACAUGCUAGAGGAGUAUUUUUGGGGAUCCGAAGACAGAAUAGUGUGAAUAGCGGCAUACUUUUGCCAGUGAGCAAGGACAAGAUGGAAUUACAGAAGUCUCCCUCCACUUCCUGUCUCUAUGGAAAGAAACUCUCCAAUGGCUCUAUUGUGCCCCUAGAAGAUAGCCUGAACCUCAUUGAAGUGGCCACAGAAGCACCCAAGAAGAAAACUGGCUAUUUUGCUGCCCCCACUCAGCUGGAGCCAGAGGAUCAGUUUGUUGUCCCUCGUGACCUAGAAGAAGAAGUGAAGGAGCAAAUGAAACACCACCAAGAAAGCAGGCCUGAGCCUGAGCCCAGUGAAGAGGAUCGGACCGAGCUCCCGGAGGAGUUUGACACAGCACUGUGAUCCUCCCCCAGGAGCCACAGCACUAGGGAAGACUGUGUAGUGUUGGGGUGGGGACCCUUCCAGAGCAUUUUGCCUCUUCAUUUCUAAACCAUAGAUAAGGGGCGUAGAACUUGGAGCCAAAAGUGGUGAGAGCUAUCAGGGUCUUGCUCUGGAUAAGCUAGUAAACACCAUCAGUGUUAAGUUUCACAUUUAACCUGCAUUGGAAUUCCCAGAGUUACUGGGGAGAAAGCAGAUGUUGCCCUGUAUCAGUCCUACCACCUGCCAUUAACCCUUUCUCUCCUAGGAUAAUUUUGAGAAUUUGCCUCCCUGGGCAGGAAAGGGACUAUUUCUGUGGAGGAAAUAACUGAAGAUUGAUUCUCUUUACUGAUUGCUGCUGAUGGAUCUCUGUGACAGAGAAAUCACUUAUAUCUCAACCUAACUGAUGGGAUGUGAUGUGACUAGUCACAUGGCUUUUCAUUCUUCUCUACGAGAAUACAGCCUAUUGAAAUGACGUUUAUUGGAAAUGUAGAACCAAUCAGAUAAUUUAUGUAUGUAAUGUAAUGAGAGCACUUUUUGUUGACUGUGAACUUUUAAUUUUCAAAUCUGCACUCGAGCCAAUCUUCUUAGAGGCAGCCCAGCACCUUUGUCCAUAGGCAGAAUGAUCAUCGGGUUUUGGAGCCUUCUUUGUGGGUACUAGGAAGGACCCUGGGGAAUUGAUUUUACUAUUAGAUAAUCAGACUCUGAAUGCUCCUGAGAAACUUGGAGUAGGAUCUUCUUUUGGGGAUGAAGAUGGGCAAGGAGUGAGGACUGAGACAACGUCCCCCGACAUCACGAACAGAAUAACUCCUUGAUAAAUGUGACACCUGCUAGGACUUUCCCAGCAGAUCACAAGGGAGGCAUUUGGGGAUUGGCCUCUUUCCCUAACAUGUGAUGGAGUUGGCAGUCAGCCUCCUAGGAUGUGGGGCCGAGGCUGAUGCUGCCUGCAUCCAAGUAACCUUGAGUUAUAGCAGAUGACUGAACAGACUGAGGCUGAAUGAGAACAGAUGGAUGGAGCUCAGAGUCAGACAAGUUCCUUCUCUUAUUCUAGAGCAGAGGGAUAGUUUUCUAAAAUGUUGGAAGUGAGGUGAGAGUUCAUCUUUUUAAUGUUUAACAGAGUACUCCUCUGAAAACUGCUUAUCCAUCUCACACGGUUUCAGAGUACUGGCCUCAAUUACUAAUACAAGAAAGACUUAAUUGAGAAAGUCCUACACUUACAGAAAACCUGGUUUACCAUAUUUUUUGCACAUUCCACAUAACCCUAGCAAAAUGCAAGUCCUUCCAUAUUUCUAUUGCCUUUUCCUUUAGAAGAUUUACUUAGGAAAAUUAAUUCCUAUUUAUUCCUACAAAAUUUUGACAUUGCUUGAUUCUACCCAAUGGGGAAUAUGCUUUGAAUUUUUAGAAUACUUUCAUCAAAAGAAAAUAGGGUAGAACCAUUUUUAAUUUGUUUCAUGAGAAACAAAAUGUUAAAGAUAGGGUUGGUAUAUACAUAAAUAUAGGGGGUUUUAUUGAAGUUUUUCUUGAAGCCAUAGUAGAAAACCAGAGAACCUGUCCACAAAUGGUUAUAUAUCUUCAUCUUCUCAGAGGCCCCCUACCCAUGUGCGUGUGUCGGUGAGGUACACUCUUAGGGGAUUCCAUACCAUUCCAAUGGCUGUCUAAUGUUCAACCCCUCAAGAAUCUGAAUUUGAGUCCCCAGAUUGUCAGGAACACUUGACUUCCCUGUGUCAGCUACUAAAAAAUUGUAGAACUCAGGUCUUGAGUCAAAGUGGAGAACAUAGUGGCUCAUACAAAGUUUCAGUGCUGUUAGAAAGAUGGGCACAAUAGUGUGUUGCUGCCUUAUUUUUUUAUAUGGGAAAAUAGAAAAAAUGGAAAUGAAGGAAGAACCCAAGAUAAUUGUGAUGGGUGAUGUAAAACAUCUUCCUACCCAGACCACAGUACCUUUGAGUUUACAAAAUAGUGAUGUUGUCUAAAAAAGAAAGUUAUUUUGAGAAUAUACCACUUUAAUAGUAUAAUCACUUAAAAAUUGUCCUUUAUCUGUGAACCCUUUUCUUGUCUUCUCAUUGUUUCCUACCCUACUUAUUAGAACCAUCACAAAACCCAGUUCUGAAAUGACUUUACCAGAAGUAAAUGUAUUUACUUUUUAGUCAGAAGAACUCUAAAAAUUCCAAGUGUUCUUGUGGUAGAUUUAUUUUCAGGAAACAUUAGGUUGUAUUGAAAACCUUUAAUAUAGGCUAUACCAAAACUGGUUAUUCUUUUUUGUAACUUCCUUUCAUUCAUUUCCCUCUGUAAUUGCUCUGUGUUCAAAUAGAAGGUAACAAGGCCAUAGCACAUUACCAAAAAUAACAUAGAGAACUCUUUUGGCCUAUGAGGUCAUUUACAGUCAUUGUGUGAUCUGAUUAGGUUGUCAGGUGGUGAAAUCCAGUAAUCUGUCUCCAGGUGAAGGUAAUAUCCCAGGACAGCACCGAUGAUCUCUAGCCCACAGAUUCUGGCCUCUGCAGGAUUCUCAGGUCUCUGUGUGUACCUCCCAUUUAAUAGAGAAGUGAAGAGAAUUUCUGAAAGAACAUCAUUCCUGCUUAUGGGAGCAGUUUGGGAAUCCCAGGGAAGAAGGAAAAAUACAUGAGUCUUAUUUGUAUCCUAAUGGAUUAGAAAUGUAUUUGAAAAUUUGAAUGCAGGAAUGUCAUAAAGCUACAGUGCUACCAUAGAGUCAUUGAAUUACCACUCCUAAUACAAGUGAGGGCUUUAUUAUACUACUGUAGAGUCUAUGUGUGCAAUAAGUUGAUGAGUUCAUUUUCCUGGUGUAUAGAAGAGCCAACAAGAGCAGCUUGGUAAUCAUUGGGUGCUAUUAUAAUUGUUUGUAGCGAGUGCUAUUUUCCAGGAGAUGGAGCCAGUUAGGUUUGGCUGAUCUACUGAAUAUCAAAUGAUGCUCUUCUUUCCAUGUAGACCUUCAGCAAAAGCAGGUACUUGGAAGCCACAGGCUCACCUUCUCUAUCUACUCAAUAAUUAAUGAAGAGACCUCCAUAAGGGAGCACUUGGCUGUUAUUGAUAAAUGUACCAAUUAUUAAAUAGUCUCCAAGCCAUUCAGUGAUGUCUGCAGCAUCACUAUAGAACUGUCUUGUGUCACUUUUUACUUCCCUCUGGGUAGAGCCUUUCAGACUCCCCCGAUCAUGGAGGCAAGUUAAUCUUUCUCUCCAGUUAGUGACUUUUGCCCCAUAAUUGGGUAAGCACUUGCUAGAUUGAGAAAAGCAGCUACAGUAAAUCCUGCUGUUUCCCUCAUUUGGUGAUCCUUCAAUCACACAUAAGCUCCUUGUAUUCUAAAUUCCAUGCACUUCUCCCAGAUGCUAUAGGGUUUUCUCUCACUGUUGCCAAUGGAUGUCAUCCAAACAGUGAGUUCAUAUCCAUGGUUUUGUGCAAUCAUUGUCGUAUUGUAGUCCUAAGACUCAUUAUAGUGUAUUUUUGAUAUUUUUGAAAUGUGUUAAAUUUUUUAAUUCAAUAAUAUGAGCCAGAGCAUGUUGCAGCAAAUCUAUUGUUUGUAAAAAAUAAUAACAAUAAUAAUAAAUAAAAUGAAAUGAAAUCUC